CCCCUGCCCCCCCAGGUCAGCCGCAUCAGCCUGGUGGACCUGGCGGGCAGCGAACGCGCCGACGCCUCGGGGGCCAGGGGCGUGCGCCUCAAGGAAGGCGCCAACAUCAACAAGUCCCUGACCACGCUGGGCAAGGUGAUCUCCGCCCUGGCUGAGGCAACCAGCAAGAAGAAGAAGCCGGAUUUCAUCCCGUACCGGGACUCGGUGCUGACGUGGCUGCUGAAGGAGAACCUGGGCGGGAACUCGCGCACGGCCAUGAUCGCCGCGCUCAGCCCGGCCGACAGCAGCUACGAGGAGACGCUGAGCACGCUGCGCUACGCCGACCGCACCAAGCAGAUCCGCUGCCACGCGGUGAUCAACGAGGACCCCAACGCGCGGCUGAUCCGCGAGCUGCGCCAGGAGGUGACGCGGCUGCGGGAGCUGCUCAGCGCCCAGGACGUGCUGCUCUUGUUGUCCCCUCCCGAAGUCGUGGUGACGCUGGAGCCGUGCCAGGGGGCUGAGACCUACGUCAACGGGAAGCAGGUGACGGAGCCGGUGGUGCUCAAGUCGGGCCACCGGCUCAUUUUGGGCAAGAACCACGUGUUCCGCUUCACGCACCCGGAGCAGGCGCGGCGGGAGCGCGAGCGGGGGGCGUCCCCCGGGCCCCCCCCGGACUGGAACCUGGCGCAGCGGGAGCUGCUGGAGCAGCAGGGCAUCGACAUGCGCCUGCAGAGGCUCCAGGAGCUGGAGAAACAACCCCAGGUGGAGAAGGAAGGGUCAGAGCAGCCGCAGCCCCCCGGCGCCGAGGAGCCGCGGUGCUACGAGGCCGGCUGGCGGCUGAUCUCGUCGCUGCGCCAGGCGCUGCCGGCGCCCGCCGUGCGCUCGGUGCUGCGCCGGGCCGGGCUGGCGCUGCCGGGCAAGCGCCGGGAGCCGCUGCGCGUCUACCAGAUCCCUCAGCGCCGCCGCGGCUCCCCUCCGCCAUCACCAUCACCACCACCACCAUCAUCAUCAUCCUCGUGGGUGACCAUGGCCGACCUGAAGGCGCAGGCGGUGCGGGAGCUGAGCCUGGAGCUGGCGCUGCGGGAGCGGCGGCCGGCGCGGCGCGAGCUGGAGGCGCUGAGCCUGGCGCGGCUGCGGGAGCUGUGCCGCCGGCACGGCAAGCGCCAGCCCGGCGAGCGCGACGGAUGGAGAGCCGUGGCCGGAGACGUGUGGGACGCCGUGGGAGGCGGCGAGGAGGACGAGGCUGGAGGAGGAGGAGGAGGAGGAGGAAGCGCGGCGGAGCGGGCCAGCGAGGUGGAGGGGCUGCGGCUGCACCUGGACCGGCUGGCGGGGAUCCUGCGCGAGGUGAAGCGGCAGAACAGCGCCAAGGACGAGCAGAUCCGCGCCCUGCGCGACCGCGUGGGGCAGAUGGAGCGCGUCAUCCCGCUGCCGCCGGUGAGCGAGCCGGGGGACACCGGGGGGGCACCGGGGGGGCACGGAGAGCCCCAAAGAGAAGGGUGUGCCUGGCCCAGAGAGAGCCGGAGUGACCAGGAGGGCCCCAAAGAACCCCAAAGAGCCCCAAAGAACAGGGUCUGCAUGCCCCAGAGAGAGCCAGAGAGCCCCAAAGAGCCCCAACGACCCCCAGAGAGCCCAAAGAACCCAGAGAGCCCCGGAGAGCCCAGAGAACCCCAAAGAACAGGGUCUGCCUGGCCCAGAGAGCCCCAAAGAACCCCAACGACCCCCAGAGAGCCCAAAGAACCCCACAGAACAGGGUCUGCCUGGCCCAGAGACAGCCAGAGAGCCCUGGAGAGCCCAGAGAACCCCAAAGAACAGGGUCUGCAUGCCCCAAAGAGCCCCAAAGAGCCCCAGAGAACCCCAAAGAACAGGGUCUGCCUGGCCCAGAGAGAGCCGGAGUGACCAGGAGGGCCCCAA